AUGAACGUUGGACAGCACACCGGUCCGGGGCCGCCAUUGAGCCGCAAUGGCUGCUCGGACCGUUCCGUCACCGGACCGUCCUGCCGGGCGCUCCGGACCGCCGUAUCGGCCCUCUACUGUUUGGACGAUUUUCACCGCGAACACAUAGGGUCCGGUUUCUUCUCGGAAGUGUUCAAGGUGACACAUCGGACUACCGGUGACGUAAUGGUGCUGAAGAUGAAUCAACGGCGUGCCAACCGACCCAACAUGUUGCGCGAAGUUCAGCUGUUGAACAAACUGUCCCACCCGAACAUCCUGAGGUUUAUGGGCGUUUGCGUGCAGGAAGGACAGUUACACGCCCUCACAGAGUACAUCGAGGACGGUUCGCUGGAGCAGCUGAUCGCGAACAAGACACAGUACCUACCGGCGCUCUGGAAGAUAAGAAUCGCAUUGGGGAUAGCUCGUGGAAUGCAGUACGUGCACGAUGUCGGUAUCUUUCAUCGCGAUCUCACAAGCAAGAACGUGCUUGUGAAACGGUUACCGGAUGGAAUGUUCGAUGCAGUGGUCGGAGAUUUUGGGCUAGCAGCUAACAUCCCCCGAAAGUGUGGUAAACCUCGCCUUGACACUGUUGGCUCACCGUACUGGAUGAGUCCGGAGUGUCUCAAAGGACAGUGGUACGAUCAAACCAGUGAUGUAUUCUCCUAUGGAAUAAUCUUGUGUGAAUUAAUAGCUCGGAUUGAGGCAGAUCCGGACAUCAUGCCCAGAACUGAUACGUUCGGUUUGGACUACAUUGCUUUUGCUGAUGUGUGUCCGAACGAUACGCCACCAGCGUUUUUAAGACUGGCCUUCUACUGUUGUACUUAUGAUCCAAAGAGUCGACCAACGUUCACGGAGUGUGUAAAAAAGUGCACCUUGCUGUCGGAUGUGUGCGAGGAUAGCUACAACCAUCUGCAGCAGCAGCAACAGGCACACUAUCGCAUGAACAUAGCUAACGGAAGCGCGAUCUCGAACGGUGUUGGUGUGAACGGGUUGAACGGUUCGACCAGCAGUAGUUCCGAACCGGUGCCGGCAGUGAGUGAAAACAGUUCGGCGGGCAGCAGCACAUCUACUACACCGUCGGGCAGUGGCGAAUAUUCCCAAAACCCGCUGCACCAUCGGCGUUCACUGUCGGAGAACGUGAUCGUAUUUCCACCGCACACGACGCCGAGUGAUAAGGCGCGUUAUCAUAUGUACCAGCGGGGCAACUCGGUAGUUCGGCCGGCCGAACCAGCAAUUCCCGAAACGCCCACCUACUCAAACCAAACGCUCCGGAAGGUCGCGGAAACGAUGCUGCUCAAGGAUUCGCAGUACAAACCGCGCGCGAAAACGGAACAGGGUGCCGGUACGAAAGCGAACCCGUUCAGUGCGCUGUCGCAGUUGAAGGGCGUCAAAAAGAUACUCGGACCCAAGCCAGCCGUUACGACGUACAGUUCGGGUGAUUUGUUUAGUUCCUGCUUCGAAAUAUCGGCCCCAUACUUUCGGGCCUGGAACUCGGUGCAAAACCAGAUCGUGCGCAAUGCGCGCGAUGGUCGAAGCUGCGUUGGUUUGGCAAGCUCGAGCGGUUCCAGCUUGGGCGGUGGCAAUGGCGAGGGUCAACCGAAAAGUUUGCCCAACUCGCCCACCUCACCGCGCAAGGAGUAUGGCGAGGAGGACGACGAACACACGGCCGGUGGUGCGUUAGCGAACGAGUACCGCAAAGUGUCGCUCGGAAACGUGCGAAAGUAUCGAGCCAGCUUCACCGAACUCUCUAGUCAUCCACUGUACAAGAGUGGCCAAAUUGAGACUGAAGUAGCGAGUAACAGCGCGGUGCCGUCGGCGAAGACGGCGAACGCAAUGAACGGUAUCGGUGCUGCGGCGUCCGCAAAUACGGUCAAUUUAACAACUGGCAAGAAAAUGUCCAACGGUAGUGUUAAACCCAUAAUGCCUUCCAUCGUAUCGGAGGAUCCGGCAGAUGAGGAAUUGGAACUGAAUGAGGAGGAGUCUAAUGUAGCUGGUAAAAGUAUGAAAGCCCCUGGCAGCAGCACUGGUGGCAAUUUGGUUCAUUUGUGUGGCAGUAACAACGGGGACAGUGGCACGGAAGAAGGUCAGGAUGGUGCAAGCUGUGAUGGAGAGUCAACCCAGCUGGAGGAUGAAGAAGAGGAGGAGGAGGAGGAGGAGGUUGUGGUUGUUAGGCAGAAACAUGAUGUCGAGCAGCGAAAUGGUGAAGAUAGACUACUAAACGCCACUGCUGGUACAACCAUCAACAGUGAACCGAGUACGAUAGAUCCCAGCGGGAAGGAUGUUUGUCCGGAAGGAGAAGGAGUGUUGGAGACGCCACGUAUUCUCACCAGGCGAGGAUCUACCGAAAGUGGAUUUUUCUCUUGUCUCAAUGAAGACUUUGGAACGUACAAAUCUUCUCCCUGCUGCUGCUUGGAGCAGAUAGCGCACUUCGAAUCGACCGACCGAUUGUCCAUGUGUCGUUGCAUAUACGCCGGAGCUACGACGCUUCCCAGUGGAGGACCUGGUACAGCAUCGAGCGGAACGCCUGCCGACGGCUUGACAGGUCUGAUGUCCAACCAGACGUUGAACGAUAGCUCAAGCAUACUGUUCUUCGACGACAGCUCGACCACGGUCAGUUCCCUGAGAAGCAUGGACGAUUUGGAGCUGUCGGAUUCAAUACGCAAACGUUUCAACCAUCACCAUCACCUGCAUCAUUUACAUCCGGUGCAUCAUCAGCUGCACAGCCGGCACCAUCACGUACUGAGCAACGUAGACAUCGAUGCACGUUCGAUAGAUAUGGGUUUGAUUAAUCGUUUAGCGCUUGAUUCGGAAAUUAGCAGCAUGAUCCAGAAGAACCAGUUCACGAAUCAGCUGCUGUACUGUAAAAACCGUUCGUCAUCGAUUUUCACCGAUAGCUCGGACGAUAUCAGCAGCCUGGCCGGUUCGGACUCGCUGCUGUGGGAUGAUCGUUCAUGCACGAACAUGCCCAACACACGCUCGGCCCAGAUCGCCAAGAUCGUCGAGUACUUCGAGCGUAAGGGGCAAACCUUUAAACCAUUCACUGUACCUGAUUCGCUUCAGCUGGGCGCGUCCGCCUCCGGGAGUCACUGCGGUGGUGCGGGCAGCUCGGUACAUCUGCAGCAUCAUCAUCACCAUCACCAUCAUUACCAUCGUCCUAGUGCGGCCUAUUCGACGGGAACGACUACACCAUCCUGUAUCGCGUUGAGCGCUACGGUAACGAACGGUGCCACAGCAACGGCAUCGGCAAACACACCAACAGCAACACCAAACGGAACAGUUAGCGAUAGUGGGCGAACUCAUGCGGGCACCUCAACGGUGAUCACUGCUGCCGCUGCGAACACAAAACUAUCACAGGCCGAACUGAAGCAGCGCUUCGAAUAUGAAGCUUUCUGUUUGGAGCUGGAACGCAAGCAGCAAGCUUCUGGAGCUGUUGCAAACGCUCCCCAAAUUCGGUUAAACAACAUCUGCGAGGGAAACGUUCGCUCGAAGUUGCAGCUGUUCGAUAAGCUAAAACAGCAGAGCAGCAGUGUGGCCGCAACGGUCGCCACGGCUAAUGGAGUCCCACUGACGAGCAGCAUCAGCAACAGCAGUGUCAGCAGUGCCGGUAGCAGUAAUAAUUGUACCGCUUCCGGCAGCAACAUGAACGGGUUAACCAUAAUAGAUAAGUAG